CCGUUGGUUGUGCUUGCUUGUCGGUUGUCAAUUUUUGCGCCAAUUUCAUUAACUUAUUUUUAUUUGUUAGUUUGGUUUUUCUCGUCGUUUUUAAGUGAAUAUUUUGCUUGUGAGAGUUGUCCUACUUGGUUAUUAAUAGCGCCAAUGGAGGGCGCGGUGACACCAGACGGCGGUCGCCGCACGCGCGCUGCUCUCGCCGAAAUCCCGGUGCGACUGGAUCGUCUCCGUGUUACUCCGUUGCAGCCAGUCACUAAUAUACGAGAGCGUUCCCCCGCACUGCCGGCCGGGUACCUCAGCCCAGCUCCAUCGCCUGACGAACUGCUUAUACAGCAGAGAGGCCGCAAACGUCUCCCUGUGACAUGGUCGCCGGACAUCGAACUGAAGCGUAACCCCGCAUUCCAUUCCGCCGUACGCACACCACCGAAGGACAACCAUUUAUCUCCUCACAAACUGGGCGUCACCCUUCGUUCGACACCACGCAAGCGUCUGCUUCUCGACACUGAGCGCAUACCUCUUACUCCCGAAAAAAUCGACUUUAGUGACAUCAGCACUCCCCAAAAGUUUAAAAUUACAAGUCCCAUUAAAAGUACACCGCCCAUUAAGAGAUGCAGGCUCGAUCGAUCAUUGAACUCCGAGUACAAAGGUCCCAUUGAUACCGCCCUCAAGGGUUUGAGUCCCACCCAACUCAUUCACAUGAUCAAGACCAUAACAUACAAGCAUCCUGAAAUCGAACAGGAGAUUAGGAAUGAUAUGCCGGCGCCUGACCUGUCACCUCUUGAGGAGCGCCUGAGUUACUUGAAGAGUAAUAUCUUCAAAAGUCUACCUACCUCUCGGCUUACCUCAAAAACUGAUUCUCCCGCGUACUCCAGGGUGGCUACUCAUUUGGCGGCGUUCAAAAAGUGCGUUGUUGAACAGGGUAAGGUCUUGGUCGAGUCUCAGCAUUGGGAGUCAGUGCUACAAUAUGUUUUUUUGGCAUGGAGCUAUGUAAAAGCUACACCUUUGUGGGACAACCAGCCACAUAACGCUCAAAGGAAACAAUGCUUCCGAGCCCUCACAACUUAUUGCAUGACUGCCGUCAAAAAGGGUAACUUACAAAAAGAUGUGCUGGCUGAUGUUCAGGAUAAGCUCGAAGGAAUGGUGGCGGACAGUGAGGAAAUAUCAUCUUGUUUAAAAUAUGUGCAAGGUCAGUUACAAGAAUUUUUGUAAUUCUAUUCUUUAUUGUAGCUUAUUGUAAGAUUGAGAAUAUUGUGACAGAUUCUAUAAUUGUUAGUUAGUUAAUUGUAAAAAGACUGAAAAUGAACCACACAGAUAAUAUAUAAGAGAGAGAAAAAAAUCUAUAAAUUGAGAAAGGUAAAUAAAAAUGUUAGCAUAUUAAGAAAAUAAACAGCUUACU